AUGGAAGCGACUGAACAAAUCGAGCCAGUGAAAUCGACUAUUGAAGGUGUCGGCGACGAGGUUGUGCGAGUUUUCUGGUUCAUGAUGGUCGUCGUGGUAACCCUAGGAUAUUUAUUCUCACCGGAAAUCGUCAGAAUCAUAGGACGUCGAUAUCGACGUCGGCAAAACAUUCAUCCGGAAAACGAGGCCGAAAUCAAUGAGUUUCGGCGAGACGAAGAGCAAAUGGAGAGGCAGCGGCAAUCGACGAGACGACGAAUGGAUGAAGCGAAGAAUCAGACUGAUCAUGAGUGCCCGAUUUGUCUCGGAGUCGCGCAUUUCGCACUGCUCACGGAUUGCGGGCAUGUAUUUUGCUGUGAUUGCAUAAUUGGCUACUGGCAGCAUACGACUUCUAUUCUGAAGCCGGUGCAAUGCGCGAUUUGCCGGACUGUGAUUCACAUGCUUCUUCCUCUUAACUGGCCCUCUCAUAUUAAUCCAACCGCACAAGAAGAUGAUGAGAAUGGUGUCGAGGAUGAGAGAGAAAUGACGAAUGAGCAACUCCUUGAGAACAACAUUCGAAUCAAUGACUAUAAUCGAAGAUUCUCGACAAAUCGUACGAUUCUUGAUUAUAUUCGCGAUAUUCCGGUGGUAAUUCCAUAUUUGUGCCGAAAUUUCUUCAACAAUGACCUCAUCACCAUUUUCUAUCGAAUUCGGAUUGCGGUCAUCGCGAUGAGCAUCGUGUUCUACUUUUUGAAUCCGAUGGACUUGAUGCCGGAGAGCACGAUGGGCGCCAUUGGACUGAUGGACGACCUCCUAAUUAGUCUCAUUCUCUUUUGCUAUCUCGUCUCCUGGCUUCGAGGUGUCAUGGCUCGCCGAGGUUUCGCCAAUCAGGCCGAUGUCAAUGACGAUGACAUUCAAUUGGCGCAGGCCGACAAUUAA